AUGGCUUCAGAGUCCUUGGCAGAGAUGGAGGAUGGUUCGGCGAAUGAGAGCUCCGCAGAGUCUGCGCGAGCCCCGAAAAGCAAGUGGCCUCCAGUUGGCAGCCUUGCAGGGCUCCUGGAGGCGGAAAUCACGAUUCGCCGCCGAGCCCGUGAGAAGGGCUACAUUUCCAGAUGGCCCAGCUUGCAAAACACCGGUGUGCCGAGUGUUAAAGCUAUGGGGUGUAACACGAGGAUUUUGGAGGUCCUGGCAGAGUGGUUUUGUCCGACCACCCAGCACUGCUGCACUGUGACUCGCUUCAGACGGGAUAUGGAUUUGCCGGCGGAUGCUGUCGUCAUGAACAUGGAUGCAGAAGGACUGAAGAAGCUGUUUUCCCACGGGAUACGAAGACUCAAGACGGGAUCCGAGUCCCGAGAUACAGCUUUGGACGACUUUUACAACAUCCUUCGUUUCUAUUGGACCGAGUCUGUUGGGCCGGACACGGGGGCGGAUCCGCCUGCUCCGCUGGCCAUCGAGGACAUCAGGCCUGAUGACGUCUACGAUUCAGUGGAGGACACGGACACCGUUGUUGCAGCGGCAGACAGUGGGUGGGGCAAUGGGAUGGAGGUGGAAGAAACUCAGGUGGAUGGGGAUGGCUUGGAUGAGCUUCUUGCGGAGUUUGAGCCAUCACCAGUCGAUGUUUCUUCGAGUUCAGAAACCUUGGGCACUCCCAGUGCAGAGGUGGCGAAGCCAUCCGCAGGCGAGCCUUCCAUGCCAGCCGAGCUUCCCGUUGCAAAGGUGGGUUCGAAGUCAUCCCCGAUGGAGCUUCCCAGUGCAAAGGUUGAUCCCAAGCCAGCCCCAGUCAAGCUUCCCGGUGCAAAGGUGGAUCCCAAGCCAGCCCCAGUGAAGCUUCCCGGUGAAAUGGUGGAUCCGAUCCCAUCCCCGGCGGAGCUUCCCAGUGCAAAGUUGGAUCCCAAGUCAUCCCCGGCGGAGCUUCCCAGUGCAAAGGUGGAUCCCAAGCCAUCCCGGGCGGAGCUUCCCAGUGCAAAGGUGGAUCCCAAGCCAUCCCCAGUCGAAGAUGCCAGUGCAAAACCAGAUCUAGCCGCAGCAUCCUCUUCGGGAACAGGAGGUGGUUCCAAGCCGAAGCCAAUGCCACGAAGCAAGAUUCACGUUUUCUCGGGGGACAGAGUGGAUACCGAUCCUAGACGCCAGCAAGUUCGAUAUCAGCUGAAUAUCAGGAUGGAGCAAGUGAGGCAGCAACUGGAGAUGAGGAAGGCUGCUGCUAAAGCAGCUCCAGUGCCUCGCGAGCUGGAUUCGAGCAGCUCGGCCAUCAAGUUUGAUAUUUGUUUGUUAGCCUUUCGAGGAGGUUUUGUUGUUUGGAUCUCCAAAGGUUCUGGCUUGAAGCCCGACGAGGAGGAGACCCAGGCCUACGACGGCGAAGCUGGUGAGGCCGCCUUUCUUGCGGCCGAGACGAACGGGAGCACGCACGACGAGGAGCCGCCGAAUCCCCCUACGGAGCCAACGAUCGAGCCGCCUGCAAAGCCGAAUGCGCCGAAGAGGACCCCCCCGAAGGCAACUCCCACCCUCGACACCUACGACCCCAAGGCAGGGCGGUUCUUUGGAUUGCGACCAAGUUAG